CUUCAAAAGCGCCUCACUGUGCUGAGGAAUUUGCUGAGAAAGGUUUUUUUCCUGACCACCGAAGUGCCGGCUUUGUCCCAAGAGCAGCUUGUGAACUAUGAUGAGAUGGUGGAGCUUCAUUAUGACGUUUUGGUGAAAUCGGGUAUCAAAAUUUCACCCGACAACACCUUCAAGCGCACGGCGCAGCCAGGCACCGGAAACACAGCGGCGCAACUAGGAAGACACAAAAAUCGCAAUGGUCGUGACCUCCAGAAGAGUUCAUCUUCUUUCCUCGCCUCCGCUUCCGGUGGAGCAGACAACGGAACGGGCUCCGCACGCUCUCCCGGAGGUGGCCACGGCUACAACAGUCGUCAGGGGCAUCAACCCGCCCAGGGAGAGAUGUGGCCACCGAGUUUAAAGCGUAGGCGCAGCACGGACGAAGAUGCUGUCGACCACCAGCACCACGCGUGGCCGUCGCAGGUGGAACCGAGGUCGCUCCUGCCACCGACCAGACCUAUGUUUCCGGACAUAACCCCCUUUCCGCUACUCGUGCCAGCCAGCGACGACUACUACGACGUGUUGAACGUCAGAGACGAAGACGACGACGAUGACACCGAUAGCACAUCGAGCACAGACCAACGGGCAGCGGACGACAAGAAUGUCGCAGAGGAAGCCCUUUCUUCUCGCUGCGAAGUGAACCCGGAAUGGAUCGACAUCGACUAUGCCAGACAUGUCGCUGCGGUCGAAAGGAUUUUGACGGAAGAUGAACCGCUGGAGCAGGGUUGUGCCAAUGGUGCGGCCACCGGUUCAGAAGUACUAGAGGAAAACUACAGUCCGCCGGGCUUGGGACCAGCACGUCAUCAGCUCCGGCGUCCGUACAAUUCCGCCUCCAUGAAUCUUCACGCCAGAGCCUUGCCAGCGUAUCUGCAGGACGAAGAGGAAGAUGCGUUUUUCACACGAAAUCUGAACCUGAGCGGAGUUGCGCCGCCUAGCGUCGAGCCGCCAUACUGGGGGCCCGGUGGGCGUGCGUGCUUGGCUCAUUACUGGGCAGCGCCGCCGUCUUCGCAACAUAGAACGACCUCGGGCCUUGCGCUAGAUUAUGACGAGUAUGAUGAGCCAGCCGACGACGAUAGUAACUCGAGCUUCAGCGUAGUUGACAGUUCGGCGGAGCGGUCUCCGCACGAGGGGGUCAUGCAAGAAGACACCGCAACAUCCUAUUUGUCCAACACAGAGUUUUUCCCCCAGCAAGGUCUUGUUCCCGACGUGCAACUGGCAUCCUACUACCUCUGGGCGCGGGCGGACGCUGGGCUUGAGCGAGACCAUUCCCCGCUCCGCAGUCCGCGUCGGAACCGCUCCGGAUCGGUCUCCUCGGUAUCCAGUGCGCCGUCUAGGGGAGUACGUCCGCGGAGAAAUCGACGGAGAAGUCGGUCAGCGACGCGGCGAAGGCGAAGCGAGUCUGUUGAGUCCGUGGAGGGGAACAAGGAGGUGCCACUAUACUUUUCAUGCAGUCGUGGAGGUCAUCCUCAUCUUCUCUGCAGCUGCACUUUAUGUAUGAUUCUUUGAAGACAUACACAUAGUUAUUGACUUGAACUCCUACAGUAGUUUUCUAGGGCUACUGCAAUGAAAAUAUAAAACAUCAGAGCAAAGAAAGUAAAAUUGAAAUCCACCAAUCGCAGGACGUCGAGAUGGUAGAUUCCCGCGACGCGAGCGCUGCGCGCAAAUCCGCCGAGGUGAUGCACGCGCAGGCGGAAGCGAUUUCGUACCUCGUCCGGGAGGCCCACUACGAAAAAAAAGACAAUGCGGCCAGAGCGGCGCGCCCGCGCGGGAUUUUCCAAAGCUUCGGGGCGAAUCUGAAUCGGAACGCGCAGCUUUUUCCGCGGUACAAUCCCCUGUCCGCAGCCUACGCCGGUUCCACUCUGGACGAUCCCACGAGUCCGGGUGGUGACAAAUCGUUCGGGAGAGCAGGAGGAGAAGAUUUGUCAGAAGUUUUCACCACCGUUUCGCUGAAGCACCGAAGGGAACUGCGGCCCACCUCCCGGACGAUGCAAUCAUGGCACAGAGGCCCCGGAGCAAGACGUAAAAUUGCUUCUGACCAUGCCGCAGCGGAGAUGAAUUAUUCCAAAGGGAAGGGCCCGCUGAAUAAAGCAGCGCACCAUCCGAAAGCGGACGCAACAUCAGUUCUGACACAGGAACAACAAGCCUUUUAUGAGCCACCGGAGGAAGACGCGUUGUUGAACCUAUGAAAGUGCACAACUCCCCCUCCGCCUCAUUUGUAUAGCAUGAACGGCAAUACAAGCGUCAGCCAGAGUGCCGGUUUUGCAUGACAGAUUAUUUACACUGGAGAGUAGUGCUAUUUGGGCUGCCAGAACUUGUCAUGCAAACAGUGCCACAUGACAGCGACUAGAUUCGGGGUUUUGCAUGACAAACGAGGGGGAGGGGGAGUUGUGCACUGCUAUAGAACCCGAGCAGUCACUACCUGAUGCUGGUGAGCAGACCCCAUCUGCGGAUGCAGCAGAUGUCGCAGAAAUCGCUGCUGUCGGUCAUUCUGGACGCGGGCCAGCAGGCCCUGCCGAAGAUUCUGGAGUACCACCAGUGGUGCGUGGACCAGGACAAGGGUCUCUCCACGGGCAACUGGUCGCUGACCACGGCCGUUGUCGGCGACACGCUGCCGGUCACCCUGGAUUCGCCUCCGGAAUUCGCCUACGCCAGCAACUUCGUUUGUCCGGUUAUGCAAGAGAAAAACUGUGUAAGUGUAAAUCUGUAAUGCAGAACACGCAACAGAUUUACACCUGUCAUGCCAGACAGCCACGAAGUUCUCUUUUCAUGUGUGUUUUCCCUUACAAGCCACGCAUGACAGGUUUUCUCUGUCAUGUAGAGCAAAUUUGUGAUGCUGUCAGCCAAUGAUACUUACACUAACACAGUUUUUUUCUUGGAUAGCGGUCAACCGUUCGCUGACCAGAACUCCCUACCUCCUCGCGUGCGGCCACGUCCUGUCCAGGGAGUGCGUGGACCGUCUGAGCAGAAACGCGCGCGCCUCCUUCAAGUGCCCCUUCUGCCCGCGCCAGCAGAACUCCGCGGCCGCCCUGCCCAUCAAAUUUGCGCAGAACUAUUGAGAAGCCAUUGAUGCGCCGGGUAGGAGGAAGUGAGGACGAGAUGACAUGAGACUCUUCUCUACAGAGGCACUGCUGCCACACGAUGUUUAUUUUCCACCUGGAUGAACAACAGUUCGUUCUUCUUUUCGACUCGAACAUGAAGCACGGCCACAGACUAGUACACUCGGACUGCCUUCUUCGUGAAGUAAGUACAAAUCUUCACAGUGCUCG